AUGAAAGUGAAAAAAAAAGGACAACAGCCUAUGCAUUGUGAAAUUUACUUCACACAACUCACACAGAAGUCAACCUUUAGCGAGGCUUCACUUUAUGAGCUAUUUAUUAGAGUCGUCAACCUUGAAAACGAAUCCAUCCGUAGGUUGAUAUUUAUCACUGCGACUAAGGCACGUGAAAAUCAUCGUAAAGGAUCUGCUUGUAACGUUGAAGGUGCGGCAACACGAUACCAAACUAUUCUGAUUUAUCAUCGAGUCUUAAAAGCCUUUUUUUAA